AUGGAUAUCUACGGGGCUCUUCAAUUCUGCUCCAUUGGCAUUCUCGCAGUUCCGUUGACGGUCAAGAAGUCCGAGACGUACUUCCACGAAAAGGGACGCAAUACCGUCUUUGUGUGGACGAGUCUAUUGCUAGCAGGUCUUGUUAGUUUGGCUGUCGAGUUCUACCGAUCCAAUUCUAUUCCCUGCUACCAAGACAACAACGGCAAUCCAAUAUCGUCGGACCCGAGAAAGUUCCCGUACGGAGACAGUCCAUUAUGCGGUAUAACUUGCUCCCAGACGGACGGUCCAUUCUCACGCUUGAGGCAAAAGGCUGCCAGUGAGAUAUUCGUGGUGCCGAGACCAAACGAGCUUCGCUUUGGAAACGCCAUGUUUCUCGCGGUGGCAUGCUGCGUUCCAGCCAUCAUCUCGCUCAUCUCUAUGAGAAACAAGAUCGUCAUCACCGAUUGGAUCAAGAAGCAGAACGGGCCGCAGAAGGAAAAGGGAAACGAGUCCGAGGAGUCGAAGGACCUCCACAGAACCUUUAGCGGAUUCCUAAAUCUGAUCGAGAUCUUCGUCUUUGGCGGCGCUGCGUUGGCCAUCCUCAUCCUCGGCGAGAUCAAUCUCUGGAGCCCCCAGAUGGACUAUCACACUGAGCCAUUUGGAAGCGUCGGCCAGUGGGGCACCAUUGUUGCAACAGGGCUAGCAAUCACGGUUUAA